AAACAACUUCCCGGCAAACCCUGACUCCCAUCUCCGCUUUCCGGUACGGAUUGUUCGUUGCUUCGCGGCUGGGUUCUCCCGCUUCCACUCCUCCUCCCUCUCUUGAAGCAUCCUUCCCAUCCGCCCCAAAACGCUCUCCCUGUGCUCGAAGAAAUGCCUGUGCAAUGGUGCCCCUCUUCUGGACCCCAAAUCAUCUCUCCCUUCCUCUCAAAUUGAACCCCUCUCUCAAUCCCCCUCCCGUCUCCGUGCUCCGCCGCGGGUCAAAACUCCCCCGUCCGGCGUUUAGACUCCCGGGGACGGAACAGAAGGUUGUUUUAGGGUUUCUGCAGCCGAUGAGGAGGGGGAGAAGCGAUUCUUGUUGUUGGUGUUAUGGAGGGUCGGCGAGUUCUGGAGGGGACGCGGAGCUUGAGGCGAGAAUCUUGGAGUUCAUGGGGAAUUCUAGGAAGCCAGGGGCGUUCCCGACCAGGAGAGAGUUGGAGGAAGCUGGGAGAUAUGAUCUGGCGGAGGCUAUUGGGAGGCGAGGCGGUUGGUUUUCACUGGGUUGGGAUUUAGAUGAUGAUAUGAAUGAGAGACUUGAUAUUGAUUUGAAUAUGGAAGAGUUUCUAAGAAGGGUCAACAAUUGUCGAGAUAGUGGAGCUUUUGAGGGCAAUGAAGCAUACUCUCUUGAUUCCCAUGGUUCUUCUGAAAGUGCAUCUUCUUCUGGUAGAUCAUUAAAAAUAGGAGCAGAAGAAGAAAGUGGAAUUGAGGGCAUAUUGCAGCGAUUAGAGAAACACAGACAAUCAUCUCUCCACAUCUGUUCAGAAAAAUCUGAGAAUGGAAAGUGGGCAUCAAGCAGGGGUGAUGGGAAUGAUAUGAAGAUUGUGACCACUGAUGCGGUCAGGUGUAAUCUAGGAGAUACCAGCAUGGCUGCAACUGAUUCAUGGAGAACUUGGAGUACUCGACGUGCUGGCUUUCACGAUACUGAAUUUGAACCGGCUGAAAUUAGUUUUGGUCAAGAUAAAGAAGGUAGAAAAACUUCAAUGGAUGAAACAGCUGUUGUGACUGAAAAGGGUACUGAAAAUUUAUUCAGACAGAGUGGUGUCUAUCACAAUGACAUAAGAGCCCGCAUUCAGCACUUUGAAGCUGAGCUUAAUUCAGCACUUGAGUUCAUGAUGUUCAAGAGUUCACAAAAGGUUAUGAGAGGCUCUUGUAGUCGUAGUGAUGUGCUAAAGCUUUCAGAUGCAUUGGAGUUCCAGGAAAAUCAGUUCAUAAAUGCCCAGGAGAGAUUGCGGUCAAUACGUACAAAGCUAACUAUACUGGAGGGGAAAAUGACCUUGGCAACUAUUGAUGCACAAAAGACAACUGAAAAGAAACAGAGUAGAAUUGACAGUGCUUAUAUAGCUAUGCGGCUUUUGCGUACUACCCAUAUUGUUUGGCCUAAUUCUGCCUCAGAAGUUCUUGUAGCAGGCUCUUUUGACUCCUGGACAUGCCAGAGGAAGAUGGAGAAAUCAAGUGCUGGAAUUUUUUCCUUGACCUUGCUCUUGUAUCCUGGCAAAUAUGAGAUCAAAUUCAUUGUUGAUGGCAAAUGGAGGGUCGAUCCUUUACGCCCUGUCGUCCAAAACCACGGGCAUGAAAAUAAUCUUCUCGUGAUUAUAUAAACAUAUAAAUAAAAGCAUGUUACAAGAUGGCUCUUGGGAUUGCAGCAACUCUGCAUUGGAUCAGAGUCCAUUCUUUUCUCAGGAUUUGACACAUAAUAGCAACUUUAGCACUGCAUUUUUUGACGAAUUCUCUCUACUGAAAGGAACAUUUUUACCACUGAUGAUCUGAAUCAAUUACGGAGCACAUUCUUUCUGUACAUGUGUAUAUACAGGUAGGAAUCCUAGGAUAGAUAUAGGCUUCUUUCAGGCACUGAAGUCUUUACCUAGUGACUGAUACAAUGUCGUCUUCUACAGUAGACUCGGUGGCGGUGUAUGUGUACCUUUAAGGCUUAAGCCCGAGUGGCAUGUAAAAUUUCCUGCUGAUAUCUACAAUGUAAAAACUGAGGCAUUUAGUCAAUACAGAUUAUCAUUUUAG